CGGAAGAGGCGUGACUUCGCCACUGCUAUCAUCAAAACUCUCAACUGCAGCGGAUUAAGCUAAUUAACUUUUUCUCUGUCGCCUACGUUGCACCCGAGACGUGUCGCUUCCUCUGCACACAAUCCAAUCUGUCCUCCAUUUCGCAAAAUACAACGGUAUUCAAGUUGCCGUGGUUUUAAUCGUUAAAGAAUACAUGCACUCAUCGACAUGCAGUAUUAUCCUAUUUGUGGACGGUUUUAAACAUUUUUUUAAAAAAACAAAAGCUGUGAACAUGCUAGGAUUUGUGACAUUAAAUGAAGCCAGCCAACUGCUGCACAACAAAUUUGUUGUGAUUCUCGGUGGUUCAGUACAGCGCUCCAUGUACAAGGACCUCGUCCUGCUGCUUCAGAAGGACACGUUCCUGACGAGCUCUCAGCUGAAGUCUAAGGGUGAAGCUUCAUUUGAACACGACGGCCUGGUUGAAGGUGGCAGUCUCGGGCCCUUGAGCAAUGGCCCCGACUACAGGGAGGUGCGUCAGUACCGCUCGGAGCACCACCUGGUGCGCUACUACUUCCUGAGCCGCGUCUACUCGCCCUACAUGGAGAGCAUCCUGGAGGAUCUCCGCGGAGGCCUCAAGCCAGACCUCCUCGUCGUCAACUCCUCCGUCUGUGACGUGUCCAGUUACAGGUGUAGCCGAGACUGGUUACCCCAGUAUCUCGGGAACCUCCAUAAGUUCUUUGAGCAGCUGAAGGCGGUGACUACUGACGCCUGUAUCCGGGUGUGGAUCCUCAACACAACCGGGCACCUAAAGCUCAGCCUGCAGGGCACGGCCAUGGAGGCCAACCUCUGCAGCGGCAUGCUGGCCCGGGCGUACGGGCUGGACGUCCUGGACCUGCACUACCACUUCCGCUGCCUCCUGCCGCACGGCGGGCCCCACGGCGAGCCCUGGGACGGGCGCGCCCAGCGCUGGGCCAGCGCGCUCCUGCUGCACCACGUGGCGGCGGCCUGGGGGGUGGCGAUGAGCCCUCCGCCGCUCCUGGGUCUCAGGCCGGCCAGCAGGGCCAUCCGGGGGCCAGCGGGCCCGGCCGCUUUCCCCAGCAAUCACUUGCCUCCCUUCCAGUGGGAUCAUUGUCAACCAAUCAGACGCCAGUUGCCCUCGUAUAACAUACCAUCAAACCCAGGAAAAGGCGUCCCACCCCUUCCUUGUUUCUGGCAGAGAUUACCUGUGAUGAGGAGGCGGGACGAGUUUCCCUCGCGGCUGGCCAGAGUGCACCCCUAUCAACCCCCUCCCUGGAAGGUCAGACCCAGGCCCCCCCAUCAACCCCCUCCCUGGAAGGUCCUGCCCCCCUGGCAACCGUAUCAGCCCCCUCCCUGGAAGGUCCUGCCCCCCUGGCAACCGUAUCAGCCCCCACCCUGGAAGGUCCUGCCCCCCUGGCAACCGUAUCAGCCCCCUCCCUGGAAGGUCCUGCCCCCCUGGCAACCUUACCACCCACCUACCUGGCAGGUCAGGCCCCCCCAUCACCCCCCUCCCUGGAAGGUCCUGCCCCCAAGGCAACCUUAUCAGCCCCCAACCUGGCAGGUCGGACCCUGGCAACCGUAUCACCCCCCUCCCCGGCAGAUCAUGCCCCCCUGGCAACCUUACCACCCACCUACCUGGAAGGUCAGGCCCCCUUAUCAACACCCCCUUCCCUGGAAGGUCAGGCCCAUGCACCCUGGGGGCUAUUGGUGAGCCACACCCCUCACAACAGACCCAUAACCCUGGGGGCAGUUGGUGAGCCACACCCCUCACAACAGACCCAUAACCCUGGGGGCAGUUGGUGAGCCACCCCUCACAACAGACCCAUAACCCUUGUCUGCCGAAGUCAGGAACUUUUAUGAAGGAGCAGGACCACACUGUUGAGUGGAAUGAUCAAAGAUUGGCAUGUCCAAUGUAUUCUUUACCCUGGGGGAAGGAAAUGUAUUUUUUCUACCUGUAUUUUACCAUGUACUAUAAUGACUGUAUUUUAUGAAUGUGUCUGUAUUAUGCAAAAAUAUUUUUCCAAAUCUGAUGUAUUUGUUUGAGUGUUUCUUUUAGUCAUAGU